AUGACUGUCGGGGCUUUUUCAGAAUGGCGCAGACUGCCAGUUAGUCUCAGCGAGCUAUGCAUUAACACGACGCUCCGUUGUGGGCAGUCAUUUCGAUGGCACAACGUGCCUGACAGCGAUGAAUGGAGAUGUGUCCUCCAUGGUCGCCUCCUAUCUCUCAAGCAGGACCCGACACAUCUACAUUAUAGGACUUAUUUACCCCCGAAACUGUCCAACCCAGCCCCUCUCCCAACACCACCUUCAUCACAUCCGCCCUCUCGUGCCGACUCGGACAAACCUCUAGACCAACCUCAAUCCGCUAAAGAUGAUAUCCUCCCUAUUCUCACACACUACUUCAAUCUCGCCUCCGAUCUGACAUCUCUCUAUUCUCAUUGGUCCUCCAAUGACCCCAACUUCAAGAAGAAAGCUCCUCAAUUCACCGGAAUCCGCAUCCUACGUCAAGACGCCUGGGAGGCUCUAGUCUCCUUCAUCUGUAGCAGCAACAACAACAUCGCGCGCAUAUCCCAGAUGGUCGAGAAACUCUGUAUCAACUACGGCCCCUUCAUCGCCUCUAUCGACGGCCGCGCGUACCAUGACUUCCCACCACCCGAGGCCCUGGCCGGCGAGGAUGUAGAGAGUCGGCUGCGGAGUUUGGGCUUUGGGUACCGUGCCAAAUACAUAUACCAAACGGCCGUGAUUGUCUCAACGCAGCGCGAGAAAGGAUGGUUGGAUUCUUUGCGGAACCCCGAGUCUCCCGCUUUGGGGGUUGAGCCUGCGCCCGGUGGAGAGAUGAGACCGGAAGGCCGAGAGGGAUAUCGCGAGGCACAUGAGAAGCUGCUCGAGUUACAGGGUGUGGGGCCCAAGGUUGCAGAUUGUGUCUGUCUGAUGGGGUUGGGAUGGGGAGAAUCUGUUCCUGUUGAUACCCACGUGUGGCAAAUAGCUCAGAGAGAUUACAAGUUUGGCAAAGGUGCUCAUAAAUCGUUGACAAAGGCUACAUAUGAUGCCGUGGGCAAUCAUUUCCGCAAGCUUUGGGGAAGCGAGGCUGGUUGGGCACAGAGUGUUUUGUUUACGGCUAACUUGAGGUCAUUCUCGGAUCGACUCGUUGCUUCGAAGAAGGAGGUGGAAGUCAAGGUCAAGGACGAGCCCGAUGAGGAUCGCAAAACUGAGGUUACGACGAAAAUCACUACUACUACAGCCGUGGGUGUGAAGAGGUCUGCGAGCGAAAGCAAGGUGAAGACCGAGCCCAGUGAUGAGAAGGAUGUCAAGACCAUUGUUGAGACGCAGACGACAAGACGGAUGUCAAAGCGGCUUCGGAACCGCUAA